AUGACCGAUCGGAAUGCCUCUCAAAGCCAAGAUAUACUCAAUAAAUCUGAGACUGACAUCCUAGGAAGUGAGUUAGAUGGACAGAUUAAUGAUCUGUUGGCUUCUAUAAGGAAAUCGGAAGAAAAUCAAAGUAAUGACAGUAGUAAUUGUGACACUCCAGAAGAAGAGAUCACUAUAGAUGGUAUUAGAGAAAUUUCUCACGAUGAUAAAACAGAUGUAGACAAUGACGAAGCUAUUGCAAAGAAUGGAGAGCCGGUAGAAGAUAAUGAACAAAAUGAAAGUACUCAUAACAUUAGAAAAUACAGACGAAGCAAGCGAGAAAAACGACCAAGUUGCAGAAUUGAGAAGUACUGGAGGAAUGGCAACACCGACUCGUACUUCCACCAGGUUGUCAAACAUCAAUGA